AUGAUAUACAGCCAUGCAGAGGGCGCGAGCCAAGGCAAGAAAGUAGAGACAUCGGUGGUUGACACCAGUUGGGUGCUGAAAGGGGCGUUUCCAUCUGGAGCAAGAACAGGCAAGACUGUUCGGAAAGUAUCAGUGGACAAAGACCUUGAAAUGCGUCUCAAGCCCUACCAGAAAGAAGGUGUUGAAUUUAUCUGGAGGAACUGUUUCCUUGACAGCAACUUUUGCCUGGAUGGCGAUGAAUCCCUUAUCGGAGGCUGCCUUUUGGCUCACUACAUGGGUCUAGGGAAGAGUCUUACUACAAUUGCUCUGCUGCAUACUGCACUGACUUCAACGUCAUUGGUAUCAAAUGUCACCAAAAAGCCACUGUUUCAUACAGUGCUCCUUAUUGCUCCAGCCAACACUUUGACCAACUGGGAAAAUGAGGUUGAAAAGUGGACUGGAAAGUUGGAGACACCUCUCAGGAUCAUGAACCUUGGAAAAGUCACAGACGCGCACUACCGGAAAGCAGAAAUCCAAAAGUGGAAGCGUGAUGGAGGCCUGCUGGAUUCAAGAAACUCCAGGAGCUUCAUACAAUGCGAAGGAUCCUUUUGA